CUAGAGCGGGCUCUUGAAUAAGUGUCCUUUUAGUUUCCAAAGUAGCGCCGGGAUAUCCUUGUCUGAUUACUCUCCAACAGCUUUUCCUCACAUAAAAGUCUUGUAACAGGCCUAUGAUUUGUUUUAUUUGAAUUCACAAUGUCAGUCAGGAGAUGUACUGAUCCCGUAUAUCUCCAGUUUGUGUGGAAUGCAAUUGAAGCAUGCUCAAGGGAUUCCAUUGAGUCCUCUUUUCACGAGUUGUUAUCAUUUAUCCAAAGAGAAUGUGAUUCUAAAUGCACUGCAGGGAAACUUCAAAGUGAACUUUCAAACGCCAUAAGCGAUGGUUGCAUAGAGUGUAACCAACGCUGUUAUGUGAAACGCGAUCCAAUGCCUAAAGUGAAGGAUAAACAUGAUUGGUAUUGCUUUGAAUGUCACGGACCGGGUCAUGUUGUAUCUUGUCCAACUUGUUUUAGAGUAUACCACCCAGAUUGCCUACCAGUUGCUUUAUCAUCACAGCUGUCAUCUAUCAUACCUAGUGAAGCUGGUAGUUCCGAAGCCAAUUCAAAUAUGUCGAGUGGAUUGCCACCAGCCAGCCCAUGUCCUGUAUGUCAGAGGUUAUCGCGUGCAUCUAGUAUAUCAAAUCCUAUCGGCGCAUCAGAGUUGCAUAAAAUAUUUCAGGUUGUUCUCGAUCGAAUCCGCAACAAAGUUAAUUGGAAAACUAUGCAGGUUGUUGGGUACUUAAAUGAACCCUUACGAAAUAACUACCUCGUAUUCCGGCAAGUUAAUACCCGUCUAAUGACUGAACGUAUGCGAGCAGAUCCAUCAUCUAAAGACUGUUAUCCUAAUCGAACUUCCCUUCUGGUUGAUGUGGAUUUACUAAUUCACAACACCGCGAUUUUUUAUGGUUCCAAAAACGAUAUGAGCAACAUGGCUCGACAGAUACGUUCUCAGCUGGAACGAGAACUGCGAGAAUCUUCUUUCUGUGUAGAUUGUUACUUGCGUCUUCAUUCAGCAUCAGCAAAUAAAUUAACAGCGCCUUGUCGAGUUGCUCAUCGUCUCCUUUGGUUCCAACACAAUGGCUGGUCUUUUCGCCCUUGCAAAAUGUUAUAUGAGAGUACAGAGGGCUACGAGGUAGUUUGCUUCGGUGGGCGACAUGAGAGAGUUUUCGUUCCGCUAGCGAGAGCAUUCGAUAUGAAUUUUACGGCAGAUGAACUUGGCUUACGGGAAACACCACCUUUGAAAAAAGCACUGAAUGAAGCUGAAGAGUAUAAAACAAACCAAGCAAGUUUUGAUCGACAAAUGAAGAAUUAUUCUGAUCAGUUACCAAAUAACAUGCUAAAUGAACCUAUUUCGAUUGAUCCAAUAAUAAAUAAUCUAACCAAUGAACCUAUAUCCAAUAAGACAUUCUCGAAAAAUUCUACUUCUCCCCUUUUAAGAAAGAAAAGACCUGGUAAGCGUCCAUUGUCUACCAGACCUCACAAUAAGAGCUUCAACGUAUCACCUGAAAUGCAAGCUUUCAAAUCCCGUAAAUCCACUGGGACUAAUUCACCUAUGUGGUAUCCUGCAUCACUACAUUCUACGUCCCGACGUGACUCACAUUGGUCAGAUACUUUGAAGAAUGUUACUGAAGAUAACUUAACCUCCUUAUCAUCAUUGAAUAGUGACAGUGAUGAUCCAGAAACCAAACUCCGCAUCUCAGAACCUGCUUCUGAGAAUCUAAGUGUAAAUAAAUCAUCUAUGAAACUAUCAAUACCUCUCUUACCUACUCCGCCAAAAAGAAAAUCACACAAAAGAAAGCGGUGUAAUGAAACGCUUCCAAGACCCAGUUUCUCUAAUGGCGUGUCAGCUGUCCCUCCUAGCUGUGAUUCCAGUUCAUCCGAGCUUUCAGCAGCAUCGUUUACCGCGAAAACACAGAGAACUAUACGCAUAAAACCGUUGCCUUUUAGAAGUGAAAGCAACGACAUUCCUCUUUGUGUAAAGGAAGCAAACCCGUCUCUCCCUAGAUUAACGUGUGUUGACAGUCAUGUCGUGCGCACAGAACCUGUAUACAGUAUGUCCUCCUCAUCCUCUGCAGCAUCUGGUCCUUCAUCUGAUCGUACAACUGUUCCCGCUCUUGCCUCUGGUGGUCAUACCCCUCCUGAUUCAUCAGCUUUUUCGGCCUCCUCAACAUACUCUGAUUUUUCAAAGAAAUCACGUGGGCGUCCACCUAAGACUCAUAAGUCAAUAAAGUCUUCUUUGCCUUCAGCGAGUGUCAAAUCUUUCACCGAAAAUUCUGAUGAUUGUUCUUCCACACGGUUAGUCUUAUCUGCAAGAAACACCUAUGGGCUCCCAGCUAAAAAUAAACAUAGUCUUCUGACAGUGCCAAUAAGUUCCCCUAUCCGAACGGAUAGAAUACCUGUUCCAAAUGAAGACAAACAACUUCCAGUGUGUUCCCUAUCUCCACCUUCAUCCUUAUCUGACGCGGAAUCGGAUUUGUCUUCUCUUUCUUCUUCAUCCUCUACCGUGUCAUCAUCAUCGUCUCAGUUGUCAUCUUCCUCCUUGUCUUCAACAUCCACACUUUCAUCUCCCGCUCUGCGAUUAUCUUUUUCCACGCUAAAACCAAAAGUAAAUGAUGAACCGUCGACUGCUCGACUCAAGCAAAAGUCAUCGAAAAAAAUCUUAACACCUUUGCACGGUCAGUUAAGUCUCAAAACGCGCGAAGAAAUGACAAAAGAAUCUGACUGUAGUCAACACGUUCCCAUACUAACUAAACCAAUUACAUCAUCCCGCCGUGAUUUGGAAAUAAAGGAACAUUUUCGAUCGUCCUCACGACCUAGUGCCGUAACUACUUUCAAAAAUACAGAUUUGAAUAAUGACUAUCAGGAUGAAGACAUCGGAUUCUGUAUGGUUUCUCCAGAAAAGAGCUCAAAGCCUGAAAAGCUCAAUGGGAUUCUGCGCAUUCCUAGUGAUGGUAAUAAUUCUAUUGACAAUAAAUCUCAGAGUUCUUCGGCACCCAACUCAUCCGUCAAAAAUUUCGCUUUUGACAGCCCAAAUACUAAACUCAAUUCUAAAACUGUUCAUCCUUCUGGCUGGUCUAGUGGGACGAAAAUAUUGUCUACAUUCAACGACCAGACAUCUGGAGCACCCCAGCUUACUCAUCCUACUGGGACACAUCUCGCUACUGGUCCAACUCCUCCUUCGAACUCUUCGGCAUCUUCGUCAUGUUACUCUUCAGUCUCACCAGCUGCUCUUUCAUCCACCUCUGGUUUAGGUUCGAGUUUAAGUGAUCCGAAAUCAGUAGAUGCGUCACCUGGUGAAGUAGCGACUAUGUUGGGUAAUGCACCUUUUUCUUGUUCAUCAGGCAGUGGAAAUGGACCAGUUGCUCAUUUGCAGUCUGAUAGUAAUAUGAUGAAAGCUGAGGAACGUAUUCACCGAAUAUAUGCUGAUCGACUUAUUGCCUUGACAACUGAGAGAGACCAAGCUCGGGAGGAAGUUCAUCGACGCGACAUCUUAAUAUCUGAACUCCGUCGUGCACAUGAAGCAGAAAUAAAAAGAGUUAAACAAAGAACGUGGUGCCAAGUAUGUCUAAAUGAAGCGUUCUACCAUUGUUGUCCUGGAACGGCAUACUGUUCAGAAACAUGUCAAUUUGAACACUGGACAGCUCAGCAUAAUCGUGAUUGUCGUCGUCGGACAGAGUCACAACAAAUUCAUAGCUAGCAUACAUAUAUAUAGUCUUUCCUUAUCUCAUGAUGGUAUUGUGAUAAUAACGCGUUCUUGGGAUUUUACCAUUAUUGUUUGUAGAAUUAGUGAUAAUGAAACUAUUAGUCAUGAACUUUCUUACAAUUAUUCUUUCUUGAAAGACCUAGAACUGCGCUAAACCCGGAAGUCAAUAAACUUAUUUCAUCACUGAUACUUCUAGAUAGAUUUAAUUUCCUUUUCUCAAACUGAUUAUUUGCAGAUUGAUGAAUUUCCCAGGCGGAGUUAUUUACAAUUGUGUAUGUGUAUGAAUAGAAAUACACAUGUAAAUUAAUCCCUUGUAUUUGUUUAUUUUUUUAUAUCUUUUAAUUUCUGUCUGUGAUUCAUACUAUUUGAUCUUUGUUUCUUGUCUUAUAUUUACCGUUUCAUACUACUGCGAUGAAAAUUAAUUUAUUGUCUAUGUAAAUACGUCUCACUGAAUGUUGUUUUGCAAUAAACAAAUCAAAGAUGCUUAAUUAACAAUCUAAUAGUUGUAGUAAUGUAUUAGUUACAAUAACUCACAUAGAUCUAAGCACUCGUUUUCUUCUUUCUGUUCCUGAAAAUGUUCCGUUUGCGUAAUUUUUUUGAAUUAGUAUAAUAUUUUUCAGAUGGCAGUCAUUUUGUCUAUAUAAUUCUUUUUCUUUUUUUAAAGUAUAUCCCCAAAUAGCUUAUAUUGCUAAACAUUAUUAUUGUGAAUAGGAGGUUGAAAUGUUUACGCAUUCAUAUAAAUGGUAACGUGCAUACACAGUUCAUUCAUUAAUUUAUGUUAAUGCAUAAAGAUGUA